AUGAAAAACUCCUAUGACACGUACAACUACUCAGGUAGUAUCUUUAACAGUCCCGGAAAGUCAUCCAUGUUGAGCACAUCUUCGCAAAAUUUAAGCGGCAGUUAUGGACACAUCAAUCUGAGUCCACAAAAUGAAAUGAUAACAUGCAUCCUAGAGCAGUGUGUGCAAGAGUGGUUCCCCUUUUUAAGAGAGCAUGAAGAUGGGGGAACUAAAGCGGAAGGAAACAAACGAACCAACUUAAAUGAGGAAAUAAAGAGGUUAAAAAACUUCUACAAGGGGGUCAGCUCCCCCAACUUCCCACUGAAAAAACUGGGCAAAAUGGACAGGAGCAUUUCUAGCUUGAAUGAUGAAAAUGACGAUGAGGAAAUUUUCUACAAUAGCAAUAGUUUGUAUAUGAAUUUGCUCAGUGGAGGAGAGGAGGGAGAAGCCAUGCAUGAGGAGGGCAACUCCCGGGGUGAAGAUGACGAUGUCCUCUUAAACAAAGGAUACACCAGGGCGAAAACCAAAACACAGUCAGAGAACGAACACGCCCUCCUAGGAAGAAAUGCUUUAGAGGAGAAUCUCUUCUAUGACUGCAUAGCGGAAAGGGAGGACGUGCACAAUAAAGGUGGCAGCAGGGACGGGAUGAAUUACCAUAGAGAAGACCCGCAGGGGGGAGGAGAAGCCCCCGUGUGGUCACUGCAAAAGAUAAGGAACCAAAACGAAGAUGAAAAGAAAAACUUUUAUCUACAAAAAUGUAGAGAUCAAAUGAGCGAGAAAAAAGAGCACAAGAUGAAGCAGCCCCUCUUGUUAUUGCAAAGAAGGGAGGACGGAAAAAGGGAAGAGGACAACCAUAGCGAAGACCAUAAUGAUAAGCAGGAGGAAUACAAAUUCCAUGACAGGGUGAACGAACUCAGCGGGGGUAGAAACAAUCGCAGUGAUUAUGACAGUCUCGAUACAAGCGCGGUUAAUUCUUCGCAGAGCAGAAAAUGUAAGGAAGAAGAAAAAGAGGAGGAGUACCCCCAAUACAAGAGCGACAUGAAAGACCUCCCCGUGCAGCGUCUAAGCACUAAAGAGGAAGACGUAACCCCCCAAGGUUAUCUAUCAAAUAGAAGGAAGGAAAAAAUGUCAAACGUAUCCAAAUUGACUGAUUCGUACAAGGGGGAUAACUGCACGAAGGGGGAGUCGGUUCCCCGGGAAGACUACUCCAGUAAGAGCAUAAACUCCAUCAUUCAGGAGAUAAAAAAGGAGGAAUCGAAGGAGAAAAACUUUACCAUGGAUUCAUAUGGAACUGUGUACCUGUCCAUAUGCACGAAAGUUUUGGAAAAAGACGUGGACUAUUUCUUAACCCCCAGAAUGUUACCCAAUGAGGAUCUAUUAAAUGAGAAAAAAAAAAUCAAAGAAAUUUUAAAACUUUAUGAUAAGUUAUUUUAUAGCCAUUUUAAAUUUAUCCCAAACAAGAUUUACAAGGAAACGUUGAGACCCAUUUAUUCGUAUUACCAGAACUUGAAGUGUACCCUCGUAGGGGGGGGAGUGUCCGUCGGCUCGUUCGAUGGCAAGUCUAGAAAAAGCUGCUCUCUAAGCAGGGACUACGACAUUGAAAGAAGCACCAAUUACAACUCGCAUGACGAGAUUAAAAGCUUCGAGAGUAGGCCCACGGACAGUUCGGAGUACAAAAACUUGGGAAGCUCCUCCAACGCGGAAUACAAAACCGUGGGGAGCUCCUCCAACGGGGAAUACAAAAAUUUGGGAAGCUUCUCCAAUUUAAUAAACGACCAGAACAUUAAGAAGAUUUUGCUCGACGUGGAUGACAGUAAAGACAUAAGUCACUUGGAAAAAAAAUACAAAUAUAUUUACAAAGAUCUGGUGAAGCUAAAAAGUCUGCUGCUAAAAAAAAGGCAUUAUAAAAACAUACUCUUCGAAUAUCAAAAAAAAUUCGUUCAAAAUAACAACAGGUGUGUCAAAACGUACAGGGAUAUAUAUCCCGUGGAGAAGGAAUAUAAAAUUUACACCCAAAUUAAGAAGGAAACGGGGGACGUCAUUAACAGCAUUAAUGCCAAUUAUAAGAAGCAUUACUUGAAUGGCUGA